CCUAUUUAAUCCAACCAUCUUCACUGGCCGACUACUUCAGUAUCAGCCUCAUAUUUAUACCUAUUUUCGCCUCAGAAGAUUGACGAUUCUUCGAUCCCAUGAUUCACUCGGAUUAGGGAUCAAAAAACCCUGCGGAGGAACUCGGCUCGGUUAUACACAUAGGUCCGAAUACAUACGUGCCUCUCGUUUACUAUAGUUAGAAUAAGACAGGGCCGAGGUGAUGGUAUUGUAUUAUGACAGCAUAUUCCAUCUCUAUUCACGGGAAUAGGGCGUACGAUGAAGCGAAGUCUAUUCGAAACUAUCAAGAAGCAAAAGUUUCCAGGCCCGACAUACGAUCUACUCCUACUUCUACUUGCCGUUGGUCGCUCAGAAGUUAAUCCAGAACUAAACUCCCGGUCCGACGUGUAUGUCCAGAACCGACGAUUACUAUACACGUAUUCAUUCUCAUUACAUGAGUAUCACGAUAAAGACCUUACAUUAGGUACCUAUGGAAAUGCCAAGGUAAGUAUUUUAUGGCAGUUCAGCGGGCUUACUGAGGACAUCUCGAUUGAAAUAAUGUACUGUGGACGAACGGAACUUUUCAAGAAUCUCAACAGCCUAGCCUAGUCUUAAUAUUUUUUUAUUUUAAUUUUUUUUUUAAAAAAAAAGAAAAGUAACAAAACAAUGUAAA